UGCUCCUAUUCCAGGAUCAUCAUCGUGUUAAAGAACCGGAUCUAUGUGUACAGCUUCCCAAAUAAUCCCGUCAAACUGUUUGAGUUUGACACCAGAGAUAACCCCAAAGGUUUGUGUGAUUUGUGUCCCAGUCUGGAGAAACAGCUGCUGGUGUUUCCAGGUCAUAAAUGUGGAAGCCUGCAGCUCGUAGAUCUGUCGAACACCAAGCCCGGCACGUCCUCAGCUCCAUUCACCAUCAACGCCCAUCAGAGUGAGAUCGCCUGCGUGGCUCUGAACCAGCCGGGCAGCGUGGCGGCGUCCGCGUCUCGCAAAGGAACAUUGAUCCGUCUGUUCGACACCACGACACGAGACAAACUGGUGGAGCUGCGCCGGGGAACAGACCCCGCCACACUCUACUGCAUCAACUUCAGCCACGACUCGUCCUUCUUGUGUGCGUCCAGCGAUAAAGGAACCGUCCACAUCUUCGCUCUGAAAGACACCAAACUGAACCGCCGCUCAGCGCUGGCGCGUGUGGGGAAGGUGGGCCCUGUGAUUGGUCAGUACGUGGACAGUCAGUGGUCGUUGGCCAGCUUCACGGUUCCCGCUGAGUGCGCCUGUAUCUGCGCCUUCGGGAAAAACACGUCCAAGAACGUCAACUCCGUCAUCGGUGAGCGAAACCGGGCCGGAGGCGAUGUGUCAUUUCUUUUAGACUGACUUUAAUGAUUCUCUGAUCAGAUGGUGGUUCCUCU